UACAACCAGUUAUGCACACAACACACGCGCGCGCACACACAGAACACAGCAGGUGCAACACUAGCUGCAAGCACAAGAAAUAGGCAGCAAUGGCGAGGCAAUGCCUUCUCGCCGUGCUCCUCGUCGGGGUAGUUGCAGCCUCCGCCUUCAACCAAGGAGCUGCGGCUGGGCGAGACCUUGCUGCCGUCGAGAAGUUUGCAGAGGUAAAGCCAAAGCCAGAACCCAAACAAGAGCAAAUGCCCAAAUAUAUGCCACACCCAGAGCCAGAGCCAUGCAAACCUGAACCGAUGCCCAAACCCAAACCAAAGCCUGAACAAAAGCCAGGGGAGAAGCCUGGACCAAAACCCAAGCCCAAGCCGAUGCCAAAACCCAAGCCCGUCCCCUGCUCCAAACCAAAGCCAGAGCCUAAGCCCAAGUCGAUGCCGAAACCCGAACCAAAGCCGGAGCCCAAGCCUAAACCUGAACCGAAACCGAUGCCGCCUCCGAAGUGCAAACCACCGACAGCACACAAUUGAUGGGAUACCUAUAUAUGACAGUUGAUGGAGGAGACCCCAUACGCCACACUUUGCUAUUUCUAGAAUAAGUGGUGUAAUAUUCCUUGUAUUCCAUUUCUCUCUAUUGUUCCAUGCACGUGUGAUGAGUAUUAGUACUCUGUAAUUAUUAUUUGCUUGUUGAUAUAUGUUCCUCUACUUUGUAUGUGAGUCGAAUUGUUGUUCUCUUGA